GCAUGCCGUGGAGUGCUCUUGUGCAGGUGCACCGCCGCGUCUCUUCUUCUAUUAUAGUUUUUUUUACAUAACUGCACACCGCGGCCCCGUGGAACACGCAGUUAAGCGGGGAAAAGGAAGAUUAUUUUUUUUUGCUUCACGCGAGUCGUACAGGAACUGCGACGUCGCCGCAUUGGAGUCGCUUCGGUGCGCCUUCGUCACCCACCGCGACGUUGCCCGCCGCCUCUCGCGCAAUCUUGGAUAGUGUACAACUCGAAAAGGAAGAUAGGAUAUAUGUGUAAUGCGGUGCGGGCGUCUCCUCCUCCACGGCAAACUCCGCUACCCCGUCGGCACCGGCAGCCUCGCCCUCGGCACGGAGCUGCUGCCCCUUCUGCCCUCCAACGACAUCUUCUACGAUCCUCCCAAGCUGCGCUACCGUCUUGACCAGGACGGCUACCUCUACUUCAAAAACACCGUACCGCGGGAGGUCGUCAGUGCAGGGCUCGAUGACCUGGCCAACCAGAUGCGCGCCUGUGCGUGGACGUUAGACGAAGACCGCGAUAAGCAGGUCGCACAGAACGGGUUUGCUCUCGGUGUGCCCUACCCUUCGACCCCGGGCGAGCUGCCCCCCAUCAGCAUCCAGCACACCGACGCAAUUCGCAACGCGGUCAGCGGCACGAGUGUGAUGGCGACGGUGCGUCAGGUCUUCGGUGGUGCCGUUACGGCCACCACCUUGCAGACGCUGCAUCUGGGGGCGCCGAGGGAGUCCUUUGGGUUUCGCAUGCCGAGUGUCUUCUCCAACCGCGGCACAAAGCUGGCCCUCGUUGCGCUGGUGCCGCUGCACGACACGCCCCUGCACAUGGGCACGCCGCUCGUGGUGCGCAGCAGCAACAGCCAGGACACGUACGCCCCGCUGCGGAAGACGUACGGGCAGUGGGAGGUGGAGAGCGACACGAUCCGCGGCGAUGGGUGCUACACGGAAAACCCAGCCGAGCUGGCGCCGCUUGGGAAGGUCGCCGGGCGCGACGAAGUGACGGGCGCGUCGAUCAUCGUCGAUGUGAACCCGUUCGUUUCGUCCGCGUUCGAGGCGGGGGAUCUGCUGCUGACCACCGUCUACACCAUGCAAUCGUUCCUCACGAACCAGACGAGCUGCUGGCGACUGAUGGCGGAGGCGGUGUGGUGCAUGGAGGGCGAUGACGUCGGACUGGACCCGCGGUACACGGGACCCAACGCGGAAGGGCUCGCGACCUGGACGGAGCACCGCGAUGACGCGGCCAAGUACCCGAAGACGCUGACGGAGGCGAAAAAGGAGUGGGGGCUGCUGAAGGACCUGUCGACGGUGGAUGUGGCGGCAGCACCAUCGUCGACGACGACGACGCCGUCCACGUAA